AUUUCGUACCGAAAGCCAUUUUCGAAUCAAAUUCUAAUGUUGAAGCUCCUCCCAUGGCGGCGUCACUCUUCACCUCCCAAAUACCAAGCCAUUUUUGGGUUCUCUCGUUUCAUAACCCAAGACGCGUAUGACCCACCAUUUUCUCCUCUCUUUAAACCCAACAAAACCCAACCUUGGAACAAUGACCCAAAACCCAAGAAAGCCCCGAUUCAACGACCUCUCAUGUCGGAUCUUCCCUUCGAUUUCAGUUACUCGUACUCGGAGUCUAAUCCCUCCAUCGAACCAAUCGGAUUCCGGGAAUCCCCCAAAUUCUCUCCUUUCGGCCCGGGCCGGCUAGACCGUAAAUGGACUGGAACUGCUGCCCCGGCCAGGAAGGUCCCUGACCUGGAUAAGGUGGCGAAGGAGCGGAGCCGCGUUCUCGGAGACCCACUUACGGAGGACGAAAUUUCACAACUGGUCGAACGGUACCGCCAUAACGAUUGUUCCCGGCAAAUCAAUUUGGGGAAGGGGGGAGUGACUCACAACAUGUUGCUUGAUAUCCAUAACCAUUGGAAGAGAGCUGAAGCUGUGAGGAUCAAGUGUUUAGGCGUGCCAACUCUUGAUAUGGACAAUGUGUGCUUUCAUCUCGAGGGAAAAUCUGGUGGGAAGAUUAUUUACAGACACCUUAACGUCCUCCUCCUCUAUCGGGGUCGAAAUUAUGAUCCUAAGAAUCGACCAGUUAUUCCUCUAAUGUUGUGGAAGCCAUAUGCACCCAUUUAUCCUAAGCUUGUGCAAAAUAUUGCUGAAGGCAUAACAUUUGAGGAAACAAAGGAAUUAAGAAACAGAGGUCUCAACUCUCACCCUCUAAUGAUACUAACUAGGAAUGGUGUCUAUGUCAAUGUUGUGGACAGAGUGAGAGAGGCCUUUGAGACUGAAGAGGUAGUUAGACUUGACUGCACCCAUGUUGGUACCAGUGACUGCAAGAAGAUAGGUGUGAAACUAAGGGAUCUUGUGCCCUGCGUGCCCAUAUUGUUCAAGGAUGAGCAGAUCAUACUCUGGAGGGGGAAAGAGAUAGUAACAAGACUUCAGAGAGUUGAAGUUUCAUGUCCAUCGAUAGUAACCAGUAGUUUGUGGCUCUAGAAUUUCUUGAAGUAGUUUUACUACGUGCCACUUCAAGUCAGUUCUUUAGACACCAAUUACUCAGCACAGCAGUCCCAGAAUGAAACCAUUCUGCAUAGUCUGAUGCUGUUGGUGUUUUUUUCAGUUUGCUCACAUCUCAAUUCCUUGAUGCUUCGAGUAGAUGUCAGAUCUUGGUGACAUUUUUCUCGAUUUUUGUCAUUACUUUGUCCCCAAAGAUUUCGGGUCGGAUUAGUAUGCGUUUUUGUGUUCUUGUUCUUGGAGGGCAUUGCAUACAAGCUAGGUCAGGACAUUGUUCACGUGAGAACCCCAUUGUAAAUGGAAAAGAUAGGUAGGAAUCAUUAUCUUUGCUUUAAGUUUAAUUUUUAAUUCUUGUA